AUGUGGAGAAAAUCUCCUACCAACCCCCCAUCAGGCCGCGAAGAUCACCCGUUUCAGGUCCCAUCCUCCGAUGUUCCUGCUGGCCCCAGCACUGCAGCUGCAGCCGCAGCUUACACCGGCGCUGCUCGCCGUUCCCCUUCCCCUGCAGCUUACGCCUGUGCUGCGCGUCGUUCCCCCUCGUCUGCUGCGUACGGCGAUCCGUACGCGUACGAUGGUGAUGAUCCGUACCAGGAUGAAACGUAUCAGCAGAGUUCGUACGAGCAAGGCUCUUCGUACCAGCCGCUCCAGCAACACUGCCAGCGUGGAUCCCGAAAGCAGCAGCAGCAGCAGCAGCAGCAGCAUCGCCGGCAGCACCAGCAGCAGCAACAGCCGCCGCAAUUCGAGGAACCUGCGUGGCUUUCCCGCCAAGUCAAGGCUUGCGCGCCCGCCCCAAACGAGCUCUCAUUGGUCGGCCGCCCGUGCCUUAUCCACGAGGACGAUGACGUGGCAGCUGACGUGGCGGGCGGCGGCGGGCUCUUGCCCUGGAAAGGGGAAGAUUCUCUAAUGAUUGACCGCUUCGAUAAAGGAGCACACAUUUCGCAGUUGCUCUCCUUUCUUGCAUCCGCCUCUGCUCCUCCUGCAUCCCUUCAAUCCUUCCGUUUGUUUCUCCUUUCUUCCUGCAUUCUCUUCUCCUUCGCCCAUCCAGCCCACCAGACCUCCACUCGCCCAGCCUAUGCUGCUGUCGCUUUUAGCUACACAUCUGCAGCCCCAGUGGAGCAACAAGAAACCCACCCAUCGCCUCCGCAGACUGCUGCCUCCCCUGGUGGUGAUGCACAAACAGCAGCAUCGGCAUCAGCAGCAACAACAACAGGGGAAGCAGCAGCGGAAGGCAAAGCGAGUGGUUUUGUACCGCCCUUUGAAAUGCCCUCAGAGCUUCAGCAAUGCCUGCCCCCAUCAGAGAAAGUAUACACCAUAAUGGCGCGCACUGCUUCAUUCAUACGAAAGGCGGGCGCCCAGGCAGAGAUUGUGCUUCGAGUGAAGCAGAAGGCUAAUCCCGCCUUCGCCUUCCUCUUCCCUGACAACUCCUUGUACCCCUUCUUCCGGUUCCUUGUAGCAAAUCCUCAGUUGGUAGGGGAAGGGGGGAAGGGUAAGGGGAAGGGGCAGGGGGAAGGGAAGGGAGAGGAGGGAGAGGGUGGGGCGAAGGGAGGGAAGGAAGGGGUGGGUGUGGGUGAGGGGCAGGGGAGAGUAGGAGGUGAGAGGGGUGGGAGGGUGAGUGUGGAGAGGGGGAGCGCUGUCAUGCUGCUUGGGGCUGCUUAUGGGGAGGAUGAGGAGGAGGAGGAUGGGAAGGAGAGGACGAAGGAGGAGGAGGGGAAGGAGGGGGAAAGGGGGGAGAAGGGGAAUGAGGAGGAUGAACAGGAGCGUCUGGUCGCGACUGAAAAGGGGGAUGUAGAGAAGAAUGACGAAGGGAGAGAAGGAGGCAGCAGCAGAGAGGGGCGAGAAAGGCAACAAGGGGAACCAACGGAGGAAGAUGGAGCAUCUGAGGAGAGAGUUACCGGGGAAAGCGUUAUCGAGGGAGUGGAGGGAAGUAGGUGGUUCACUGAGUCAGAACCUGCUGAAGCAGCUGAUGAGGUGGCGGAGGAAGGAGGCGUAGAAGGUUUGACAGAGAUUUCUUCACAAGGUGAUGCCUUACCAAAACAGCCUUUCCCAGAACAGCCUCCCCCAGAACAGCCUCCCCCAGUUGAGCCUCCACUAGUCUCAGAUGAGCCUCCCCCUCCUGGGAUGGAGACAGGAGAAGAAGUAGGGAGGGCGGAUCGAGGAGGAGGGGAGGGUGAGGGAGGAGAGGAGGGAGAGGAAGGUGAUGAGAGGGCGGAGGGAGGAGCAGCAGCAGGAGCUGCAGGAGGAGCGGGAGGAGCAGGUGGAGAAGGAGGAGGAAGAGUAGCAGCAGGCACAGGGGGAGGGGAAGAGGCGGAAGAAGUGCCCGAGUCGGUGCGGGGAGUGGUGGGGAAGAUGGUGGAGUUCAUAGUGCGGAACGGACACGAGUUUGAGAGCAUUGUGCGGCAGAGAGAUGCUGGGGAAGGGCGCUUCCCUUUCUUGUUGCCUGGGGAUCGCUUUCACGCCUACUACCAACGAACACUGAAGGAAGCUCUGGAGGUGAGAGUGGGUGUGCGUGAGGGUGUAAGAGGAAUUGAGGCACCAGAGUCAGUAGUACGCCCCCUUCCUGCUGCCAGGAGACCGCUUCCAUGCGUACUACCAGUGCACACUGCAGGAGGCUCUGCAGGUGAGAGUGGGAUAGGGGUGAGUGCAAGAGGAAGUGAGGGGGCGGGGUUGUGGGUGCUUUCCCUUCCUGCUGCAGGAGACCUCUUCUCUUCCAUGCUUACUACCAGCGCACAGAAAAGGCCGCUCUGGAGUAAAGGGCGCUCUGGAGGUGAGAGUGGGAGACGGGUGAGUGCAGGUGGAGGUGAGGGGGCGGGGACGGGAGCGCUUCCCCUUCCUGCUGCCAAUAGAGUGCUUCUAUGCCCCUACCAGCGGACACUGCAGGCUGCUCUGCAGGUGAGAGUGGGAAGUAGGAGUAACAAAGGUAACAGAUUGGAGGGAGUGCUUUUCCUUUCUACUGCCAGCACAUUCUUUUACUCCCUCCUAGCACUCCCCUGCCUGUUGCCAAGCAAGCAAGCUGCCUUGCCCUCCUCUUCCUGCUCUGUUGUCUCUCACAAUUUCCCCUGCGUCCUUUUACUUCCGCCCUUCCUAGUGACUUUUCCCGCUCCACUUCCCUCCUCCUCCCUCCUUUCCUCUCCCUCCAUACUUCUCUCCACACCACAGCGUGCCAAUGCUCCUCUGGUGUUGAUGCCACAGCCGCCCCCUCGCCCUCGCCCCUCCACUGCCCACGCCAAUGCUCCUCUGGUGUUGAUGCCGCAACCGCCCCCUCGCCCUCGGCCCCCCAUUGCCGUGCUGCCUGGCAAACUACCCGUGCCUGCUGUCCGCAAACUUAAGGGGGGAGAGGCGGGUGUGGUUCUAAGAGAUGUGACUCUAGCGGGAGGGGAGUCUGGUAGGGGUGGUGAGGCGGAGGGAGGGGAAGAGGAGGGUGAGAGGGAGAGGGGGAAGGAGAAGGGGGAGGGAGCUGAGGGUGGAAAGGGUGGGGAGGGAAGUGAGACUGAGGGAGAGGAGGGGACCAAGGGUGGGGAGGCGAGUGGGAGCGAGGGAGAGGAGGGGGAGAUACUAGGGCAGGCGGGAGGGAAGAGGGGCAAGAAAAAGGGCGUGCAAGAGUCUGAUGAAGAGGGGGAGAGUGGGGAGAUUGUGAGUGAGGGGGAGGGAGAGGAAGGUGGGGGUGAUAAGGAAGAGGAGGGGAGCAGAGAAGCAGCAAAGGGGGCAGCUGUGGCUAAUGGUAGACUCAGUGCCGCAGAAGUGGCAGCAGCAGUGCGUGCAGCUACUGGUAGAUUCCCCCCCUCUUCUCGUGCAGCUUCUUCCGCCCCUCCAGCAGCAGCAGCAGCAGCAGCAGCAGCAGCAGCAGCAGCAGCAGCAGCAGCAGCAGAAGCAGCAGCAAUAGCUGGCGCUGCUGCUACUUCUACUGCUCCAUCUGCUGCCCCUGCCAAGGCUGCUGCUCUGGUAUUUGGAGAGGAAGAGACAGAGGGUGGGGCCGGCGGGAAAGGUGGUGGGGCUGCUCCUGCUGCUGGUGCUGCUGGUUCGGGUGCUGGUAACACGGGUGGUAACCGCAUGAGUGCAGCAGCAGUGUUGGAGAUACUGAGAGGGAGGAGGCCCGGGAGUGGACCAGGCAGGUCAGGCACUGGGCCGGGGUCUGCUCUGCCUUGUUUUGAGGCGCCUCAAAACAAGAGUGCACCAGGCAGGUCAGGCACUGGGCCGGGGUCUGCUCGUCCUGCUGGUCAACCUGUUGCUGCCUUGUCCUCUGCCGCUACCCACGCUACCGCCACUGGCGCUGGCCCUUCUCCUCUCCUUCCUACUGCUGCUGCUCCUGGUGGUUCCGGUGCUGCUGGUGCUACUGAUGCUGCUGGUGAUGGUGGUUCUGCUGCUGCUGGUGUGAUGCAGGGAGGGGCUGUUGCGGAACUAUCAGCAGAGGAGCAGAGGCGGCUGGAGAGAAGGCGCAAGGCAAAGCUCUUUUCUGCCAUGCUCUCGUCUACCACUGCUGCUGCUGCCGGUGCAGCCAGUGCAGCCGGUGCAGCCGGGGCAGCUGCAGGGAGCACUGGUGCUGGGAUUCUCUCUUCCGCCACUGCAGCUGCCGGUGCUGAUUCUGCUGCUGCUGCUGCUGCAGGGAGUCAUGCAGUCAGGGCCAGUGGUUCUGCAGCAUUGGACAGUGAUGGUGGGGUAGGUAGCAUUGGUACAGCUCCAACCAUGCAAGGGGCUGAGGUUGCCCUGGCGGCGGCGGCAGCUGCAGCUGCAGCAGCAGUGGCCAAGGCUCUGCCCCUUCUUGGCUUGUCGGGACAGCCUGGUGUUGGCGUGGGGAAGGGUGGAAGGGCAGGGGAGCAGGCAGGCAUAGGAGCUAUAGGAGGAACAAUAGGAGGAGCAAUAGGAGGGGCAAAAUUAGGGGUCCUCGUCCCCCUCAUCUCCCUCUCGGUCACUUAG